AUUUUUCAAAAAAAAAAAAUGUCUUUCAACGAUUUCACUCUCGCCGACCUCGCGUCGACAGACCCGAUCACAAAAGCCCUUCCAUUGACGAACGAGUCCCAUCCAGGCAAGCUCGAAGUGCAGAGCAUACGCAAGCUCGAUCGCCAAGCAGUACAAGUGGGGCUGGUGCAGCAGCUCAACAUGUCGACUCCCCUUGAGCAGGUUGCCGUGAAGCGCCUCUUGGACCUCGUAUUCAAACCGAGCCCGUACCAAUAUGACCAUACAACGGGUCGGCUUGACAUGAGCCAGGGCAGGGUUUUGUCGCAGGCGCUUCGGGCACUGUCCUUUGCACUUCCUGGGACGUUCAUUGACAAUGUUUCUCAGCUUCUGCUGCAGGACAGGGAAAUAGCGUCAGUCAUCACGCUGGAUCUCCAUGGCAAUUCCCUUCGUGACGAAGAUCUUCCAACAGUCGUCCAGAUUGUGCGGCUAUGCCGUCCACUGAUUGUCAACCUACGCUCAAACCGCUUCGGUUACGGUUAUCCCAACCCUGAAACAGCCGAGUUGCUUUGCCAGAUUUGCAAAGUGGACAGUGUCGUGUUCGUGGACAUUGCUGGCGAGAUGUUCACCGGCAGCGAUUGGCAGCCCCUGUAUCAAGUAUGGGAGCGUCACCUGUGGACAAAGCUAGUGUUCAUUCCUCUUCACUGGCUUGCAGGGCAUGACUGGGAGCAGACAGAUAUCUGUGGCGAGCAUCGCACUCUUUCCAAAGAAACGCAUCGUCUGUACUACUACUUUCAAGAGUACGAACCGGUGUUUGAUCAGCAACGUCUGGCAAAAGUGCUGAGCGACGGGUCCGAAGAAUGGACACAGGCUCGCGCUGUGCGGUCGUAAAUCGUCUGCGAACGGUUCUGAUUGAGUGCUGUAUAUUUGAGCGCGUGCAUCUUACAAUACAAGGUCAUUUUCCGCAUGACUAUUGGGGCUGAGUGGCAUUGUUGAGGGAGAUGCCGGUUUCCUUCCCCAGUCCGAAAAACGCGUGCCUGAAUCCACCUCUUCCUAUGCUCCCUCAUAAUUG